UGUGGCCAACAUGGCACGAGACGCCAGCGAGGGCCCAGGCCCAGCCGAAGCCGCGAGAGGGGCCCAGUAGUUGCCCAUGGCCGCCUGAGUGCGCCGUCAUGGACUCGCAGUCGCCUGCGGCGGAGCUGCAGAGAGCGACCGUGCGAUUCUGCGAGGAGGAGACCUCCGACUCCGAGGAUGAAGAGGCAGCCCUUCCGCCGGCCUCGUCCAGCCUAUUCACCAGGGCCAACUGCCAGACGCGUUACAUGUCGCAGUCAGAUUCGAAGACCGCCGCCGCGCUGCUGUUGCUGCGGCAGCGGCAGAUCGCCUUGGGAGACCUGAUCAGCGGCGACUGCCUCAAGUUCCUGGCGGAAGAUGAGAACCUGAGCGACUCCGAGGAAGAGGAGGAUCUUUCCAAGCUGAUGCGGAUGGACCGGAAGCUCAGCUUGAAAGAGUACCAGAACCGGAGACAUUUGCUGCGGCCUCUCAGGAGCAAGUCUCAAGAGACACUGCGCGCCCGGGUCUUCCAGCGGCUGCCGUUGAGCCGGCUGUGCCAGGAGGCCACUUGGGGGAGUUGCCUCUCCGAUGCGGUGGCAGGCCUGACGGUGGGUGUCAUGGGAGUGCCGGAGAGCCUCUCGUACGCCAACAUCGCCAGCCUGCCCUUCGAAUACGGAUUGUAUGCGCUGGUGGUGCCCCAGUUCAUCUACUCCUUGCUGGGGCAAUCCCGACAGCUAAUGGUGGGUCCUGUGGCGAUGCUUUCGCUGCUGCUGCACGCGGGCCUUGAGGGCGGCCUGGAUGAGCACCAGUGCCCACUGUGGUACAACCAGACCAGGGGUGAACUGGAGCUGCAGAGCGAGGUGUGCAGAGAGAAGUAUAUCGACAUGGCAAUGCUCAUGUCGAUGAUGUCGGGCUGCGUGCUGCUGCUUGCCUGCGUGUUGCAACUCGGCUUCCUGCUGAAGUUCCUGGGGCAUCCUGUGGUCAGCGGCUUCUCCAGCGGCUCAGCCAUUGUCAUCAUGAUGAGCCAGCUGAAGAACUUCUUGGGCGUGAAGGUGCCGGAGUCCGAAUUUCCCAUCCUGAUGCUCUACUACUAUGCUCGGGCGGUGCCUCACUGCCAGCCGGUCACUCUGGGGCUGGGGCUUCUCUUCACCCUGGGCCUGCUGUGCCUUCGGAAGCUGGGGCAGCGCUUCAAGCUGCGGGUGUUGGGCUCCCUUGGCCCCCUGCUGAGCUGCGCACUUGGAGUACUGCUGAUCUACUUGUGCAAGCCUUUGCAAGAUCUGCCAGGACUGGAGUACAUGGGGGAGAUUCCGGGCGGGAACCUGCCUCUGAGCGUCUCCAGUUUCUCCCGCUGGACCUGGUGGGACGUGAAGUGCAACCUGCCCUUCUCCCUCUCUGUGGCUCUCAUAGGCUUCCUGGAGGCCUUUGCCACGGCCCAGAGUUUGGCGAAGCAGCACGGCCAACAGCUCAGCUCCAGUCAGGAGAUGCUGGCGCUGGGAGCGGCCAACAUUUUGGGCUCCGUUUGGACGGCGUACCCAUCUUCUGGCAGCUUCUCCCGGAGUGCCGUCUGCAACAGCACUGGGGGCUCUUCGCAGCUGGCGGGCCUCGUCUCAGCUGGCCUGUCGCUCCUGGCUUUGCUCUAUCUCACCCCGCUCUUCUACUACCUGCCGAAGUUUGUUUUGGCUGCCAUCGUCGUGAGUUCUGUCACAAAGUUGGUGGCGUACGACGUGGCCAUCAGCUUGUUCAAAGUGAAGAAGUCCGACUUUCUCAUGUGGGUGACCGCCUUCCUGGGUACGCUCUGCCUGGGACCUUUGCUGGGUAUCGGCCUGGCUGUGCUGCUUUCGUUGGCCGUGGUGAUCUAUGAGUCUGUGCACCCGCAGAUUCAGGUGCUUUGGCGCAUUGAGGGCACAAACAGCUACCGGUCCAUCCAGCAGGAUCCCAACGGCGCGUUCAUCGACGGCGUCUUCAUUGUUCGCAUUGGCGGUUCCCUGUACUUUGCCAACGUGGCCUAUGUGGAGGAGACGCUCUUGACCUUCAUAGAGGACAUAAAUGCCAUCAGCAAGAUGGAGUAUCUCAUUCUUGACUUCACCCCUGUCACCACAGCCGACUUCUCCGCAAUGGAGGCGCUGCGGGACGUGGUCCAAGACUUCCGCCACAAAGGUGUUCAGGUGGCCUUCACCUGCAUGGGGGAUCGCCUGGAGCGGGGCUUCCAGCGCUUCGGGUUGAUGGACUUCUUAAGCGAGGAAUGGUGCUUCCCCAGUGUGCACGAGGCCGUGGUUUAUUGCAUCUGCCGCUGCAACAAAGACCCCAAGGGCAGCUUCCAGCAGGAGAUGGAGACGGCACUGCGGGAGCUGGAGCGAGCCGAAGCCCAGGUGCGGCAGCUCCGGAAUCUUCAGGGCCGGACUUGAGGUGGACGUGAUGCGGCGCUCGUUUGGCAUUCAAGAA